UUACAGACUUAGUUCGGUCUAUCGGACGCCAUCGUGGAUCUCCCUGAAGUCUCUUUAGUUUAGUUCCUUGAGUGGUGCUCACGACCUACGAGCUUAUCCUGAUGCGAUAUAGUCGUUCAGCUGUCGUCGCCAUCGUGAACUCAAUUGCCGAUCCCACUAGAUCACUCAAUUUACCACGCAUGUAACCGCUAUCUUUUUACUUUCGAUGAGUGGGCCGUCUUGCGCCGUUCAUCCGUUUAGUCCAUUUGGUAAUAUGGCUUGCUUGGGCCUCUGCUUGUGCGCGCUAACAACGCUAUUUACGGGGUACGGAGUUCCCGGGUACCAGGAUCUAAGUAUGAGAGCUCCUUUUCGGUUUUCAUGCAUCCAUACUAGUACAUACAUACGAUAGAAUAUACAUAGUGGAGACUAACCAACUAGGGCCCACAAGUCCUGCCUGUUCUUCUACUGCUCUAACGACGUUCCCUGUUCUCUAUUGCGUGUUUCCAUUUCUCCUCAAUAGUUAAAAUUCUCUGCUCAUACUUGACCGUUCAAUGUACAUGAAAGGAUAUGUGAGUAGAGGUUACGAAGGGACUUUCUGCAGAUUCUUGAGACCCUGUUCUGGUUUCAGGUCAGGC